AUGGCGAGACACAAGCUGCCAGACAGACCGCCCAAUGGGAUAGGAGCUGGCGAACGGCCAAGACUAGUACCUCGACCCAUAAAUGUGCAGAACUCCGUGAACCAGCUAACGAAGCCGUUCAAGGUUCCCUACAAGAAUACCCAUAUUCCACCCGCUCCCGGCAAAAUCGCCACCGGGGCCGACAAUAUCGUGGGAGGAAGAAGCCUAAGGAAAAGAUCCACCACGGUAUCUUAUUGUGGGCUGGACGUAGAUGCCGACCAAGUGGAGUACAACCACCAGGACAUAAGUUUUUCUCAGUUGACUAAACGACGGAAGGAUGCUCUUAGUGCUCAAAGGCUGGCCAGGGACUCAACUAGAUUGAGUCACAUCGAGUAUACUCUGAAAAGAUCCUUCACUGUCCCCAUCAAGGGCUACGUACAGAGACAUAGUCUCCCACUAACCCUGGGGAUGAAAAAGAAAAUCACCCCAGAACCUCGACCUUUGCAUGACCCCACAGACGAAUUCGCCAUAGUGCUAUACGAUCCCUCUGUCGAUGGCGAAAUGAUUGUUCAUGACACGACUAUGGACAACCGGGAAGAAGAGUUGAAAAAAGUGGGCAAGAACAGCCAGGAAAAGAGGAAUGCGACCGAGGAAGAGGACAGCCAGGAACCAAAACCCACACAGAGAAUAGGACAUCAUCCCGCUCUGAUGACAAACGGCGUAAGAAACAAAUCCCUGCGUGAACUGUUGGGAGAUUCGGUAAAUCUCGCUGAAAGCAAAAAGAAGUUUGCCAAUGUCCCCGUUGUCAUCGACCCAAGGCUGGCCAAGAUUUUGAGACCCCAUCAAGUCGAAGGUGUCAGAUUUCUGUACCGUUGUGUCACGGGGCUUGUCAUGAAGGAUUAUCUAGAAGCUGAAGCGUUCAACAGUUCCAAUGAAGAACCACUGAAAAGUGACGAAAAGGCCCUUUCACAAUCUCAAAAGACAGAAGGAGACAAUAGAGGUGCCUAUGGCUGUAUCAUGGCAGAUGAAAUGGGUCUGGGUAAGACUUUACAAUGCAUAGCGCUUAUGUGGACAUUAUUAAGGCAGGGCCCGCAGGGUAAGAGACUCAUCGACAAGUGCAUCAUUGUCUGUCCGUCUUCUUUGGUCAACAACUGGGCCAAUGAAUUGGUCAAAUGGCUGGGUCCAAAUACCUUAACUCCAUUGGCCGUCGACGGGAAAAAAUCCUCAAUGGGUGGUGGCAAUACAACGGUGUCACAAGCUGUUCAUGCAUGGGCUCAGGCACAAGGUAGAAAUAUUGUGAAACCCGUUUUGAUCAUAUCGUAUGAAACUUUACGUCGUAACGUUGACCAAUUGAAAACAUGCGAUAUAGGCCUAAUGCUUGCAGAUGAAGGCCAUCGUUUGAAGAAUGGUGAUUCUUUAACGUUCACAGCUUUGGAUAGUAUCAGCUGUCCCAGAAGAGUCAUUCUGUCCGGUACACCCAUUCAAAAUGAUCUUUCCGAGUAUUUUGCACUGCUAAGUUUCUCUAAUCCUGGCUUAUUGGGAACCAGAGCACAGUUUAGAAAAAAUUUCGAGAAACCAAUCUUGAGGGGACGUGAUGCAGAUGCUACCGAUAAGGAAAUCUCAAAGAGUGAGGAGCAAUUACAAAAACUAUCUACAAUCGUCUCCAAGUUUAUAAUUCGGCGUACCAAUGAUAUUCUGUCCAAAUAUUUGCCCUGUAAGUAUGAGCACGUUAUAUUUGUCAACUUGAAGCCAUUACAGAACGAUUUGUACAAUAAAUUAAUCAAGUCCAGAGAAGUAAAAAAAGUGGUUAAGGGUGUCGGAGGUUCUCAACCACUAAGGGCUAUUGGCAUAUUGAAGAAACUGUGUACUCACCCCAAUCUUCUGAAUUUUGAGGAUGAAUUCGACGACGAAAAUGAUUUGGAUUUACCUGAUGAUUAUAGUAUGCCCGCUUCAAAAUCUAGGGACGUGCAAACAAAGUAUUCGGCCAAAUUUUCCAUCUUGGAAAGAUUUCUUCACAAAAUUAGGACUGAAUCCGAUGAUAAAAUUGUUCUGAUCUCUAAUUAUACUCAGACUUUGGAUCUAAUUGAAAAAAUGUGCAGAUACAAGCACUACAGUGCCGCGCGUUUAGAUGGCACCAUGUCAAUCAACAAGAGACAGAAAUUAGUGGACAGAUUCAACGAUCCUGAGGGGCAAGAAUUCAUUUUUCUGUUGAGUUCCAAAGCUGGUGGGUGUGGUAUUAAUUUGAUUGGUGCGAAUAGAUUGAUCUUAAUGGACCCAGAUUGGAAUCCUGCUGCCGAUCAACAGGCCUUGGCGCGUGUUUGGAGAGAUGGUCAAAAAAAGGAUUGUUUCAUUUACAGAUUCAUAUCGACUGGUACGAUAGAAGAAAAAAUUUUUCAGAGGCAAUCCAUGAAAAUGAGCUUGAGUUCGUGUGUGGUCGAUGCGAAAGAAGAUGUUGAAAGAUUGUUCAGUUCUGAUAAUUUGAGACAAUUGUUUCAGAAGAAUGAGGACACAAUAUGUGAAACACACGAAACUUACCAUUGUAAACGUUGUAAUGCACAGGGCAAGCAAUUAAAAAGAGCACCUGCGAUGCUAUAUGGUGACGCAACAACCUGGAAUCAUUUGAAUCACGACGCUUUGGAAAAAACAAACGAUCAUUUACUGAAAAACGAGCAUAACUACGGUGAUAUCAGUUUUGCGUUCCAGUAUAUCUCACAUUAG